AUGGAACUUCAGAAUAAAAGAACUCGAAAUGUAUCAAGGAUACUUCUGGAAAACGAUCACGUUAGGACAAAAUCGCGGGGUCGGUCUGUUAGAUUGAGAGGCAGAAAACCAUCUACCAAAGCAACUAAAGCCUUGCAAUAUCCUAAACAGAAGAUCAAAAAUUUACUUAAGCCAAUUUUCUCCUCAAGGAUAUCGAAUUUGGAUAAAUUGUAUCCAAUAUCUACUGACAAAUCUUCUGAACAUAUUUCGGCUCAAUUUAACCAAAAAACUAAUGAAAAGGAAAAUGAUGACAACAUGUCAUCAUCCAGUUCAUCCUCUAAUUUCAAUGACGCGGCCUUGGAUUCUGAACAGGAUCACUUUAAUAACAUGAUUGCAUUGUCUACUGAAAACUCUGCAUUGCACAGACGAUAUGAAAGAGAACAUGCUGAUCGUUUACUUAAGUCAUUUGAAUCAGGACAUGAUACGACUUCUAAAUCGGAUUACGACAGGCCAUUUUGGCCAAACAACGCUGUUUCAAGUGAUUAUGGCAAAGAUAUUUCUCCUUGGAUCGAUCUUAUUAUGCCUGGAUAUUCACAGCCAUAUUGUACAAGAAUUAAUAUAAUAUCGCGAGAUGAAAAACAUUGCAGCGAUGGUUGCCCACUCUCUUAUUCCUUUGGAGUACGCUUUAUAUGUUCUAAUUGA